GCGCCGACCCGCGACACAAUGGGGGGGGGGGGGCGACGUGAUGGCGUCACGGGGCGGGUUUGGCGGUCGUUCCCCAGAAGGUGGCAGCACUUUCUCUGCUUCUGAGGCCCCUUCUGGUGCUGCAGGUGUGUCCUUACCUGUGGAGCAGGUGACCCAUCACAAAACAGAUGAAGUGUUGGUUGAUAUGAUCUCAGAAAAGGUCCACCGUGUUCUACGAGUGAUAGAGAUCAACCAGACCCUAACAGACUUGCCUAUCUUUUGGAACUGGCUCUAUGAAGUAAAGCUUCCAAAAUUGACCCAAGAGGCCAUGUGUGCCCCCAAAUGCAGGGACUCCACGACUGUUAUAAACUGCACCACGUGCCUGGAGGUGGAGGUCAACUGCUGGAGUCUGAAGACCUGCUGGCCUAACAGGCUAGAUCUGAAAGAAUCCAUUUAUCUGAUAGUUGGCCUAUCAACCGGCUCGAUAUUGAUUGGUUGCAUAACGCUCAUUUUCGAAUCAAGGAAGUUCCGAGCUGAGGCAGACCAUCAGUUUGAGUAGAGGACGGAGUUUAGAGAAUGCACACCUCAGAAUCAAAUUGUAAUGUGAACAUGAAGCCUACAGACAGGUUCCGAUGCUGCCUUGUUGUAUAAAUCCAAAUUAACCUUCGUUAAAUCAAGCUGUAUAUUCAAAGAAAAGUUAGUCCUACUUGAAAACCGAUUCAAUUGUCGUUGCUUUUAAUUUAUUCACAUUACUGUAAAGAACAUGUGCUCGAGAACUGCUGUUGCUUAAUAAUGUACUUCUGCUGAUCUUUACCGACCAUAACCUCCAAACUCCACAAUAAAUGAAAUGAU